AUGAAGUCUCACGUAACUAAGGGCAUUAGGGAUUCUAUCCCUGAAUGCAAAAAGGCAACAGAGUUCAUGCGGGCUGUUGAGGAACAAUUUGUAAGUUCCGAUAAGGCAUUAUCAAGCACCCUAAUGAAGAAACUCUCAAGCAAAACCUUUGACAGAUCCAGAAGUGUGCGAGAGCACAUUAUGGAAAUGAGGGACAUGGCAGCUCAAUUGAAGUCCCUAGAGAUUGAUAUUUCUGAUUCCUUCUUAGUUCAUUUCAUCUUGAACUCACUCCCGACUGAGUACUCUCCUUUUAAGAUGUCCUAUAACACAUAUAAGGAUAAAUGGUCAGUAAAUGAACUUCUGACUAUGUGUGUUCAGGAGGAGGAAAGGCUAAAGCAGGAGAAACCACAGAGUGUUCACUUUGUGGCUACUCAUGAUAAGGGAAAGAGUAAAAGAGGGUUUUCUCAACACAAGGAAACCGGCAAGCAAUGA